UCAUUAUCUUUAAAUUUCAGUCGGCGUAGUUUGACUCAAAAUCUGUUUGGAUCGUUGGAAGACAGCUAACUCGUUAGUCACGCAAGACAUAGCAGACAUGACGGAAGGCAAACGCCUGUCGAUUGCGUCGAAACGCCGUAUAAUUACCUCUCAAAAUCCUACUACCACCGGUCGGAGUCUCGUUGGCGUCAUCGAUGAGGGUACCAGUAGCGUGCAGUUCUCCUUAUACUCGGUGCCUUUUUUCAAAGAAGUGGCAAAGUAUCAAAUUGAGUUGACGAUGACCACGCCACAUGCUGGUUGGUAUGAACAAAAUCCACUAGAACUGAUGGAUGCCAUUUAUGAAUGCUGUGAAAAAGCCUGUGCUCAGCUACCCGAAUUGGGUUACAGCGUCGCAGACAUCAAUUGUAUUGGCGUAACGAAUCAGCGGGAAACGACAGUUGUUUGGGACUCACGCACUGGACAGCCGCUAUACAAUGCGCUCGUUUGGAAGGAUAUGCGCAGUGAGCAGUGUGUGGAUAGAGUGCUCUCAAAAUUGGAUAAUCAAGACAAAAAUCAUUUCAAGCACAUUUCCGGUUUGCCAGUUUCGCCAUACUUCUCAGCGUUGAAAUUGCGUUGGCUCUUUGAUAAUGUGGCCGAAGUGAGGAGGGUUCACCGCGAGGGCUUUUGUAAGGCUGGCACAAUUGACACAUGGAUUGUCUGGAAUCUUACUAAAGGCGCAUUGCACAUAACCGAUGUCACAAAUGCCUCACGUACACUUCUAAUGGAUAUCGAUACACUGCAUUGGCAUCCACAGCUGUUGCGCACUUUCAAAAUUGACAAAACUAUAUUGCCAGAGAUACGCAGCAGCUCAGAAAUUUAUGGGCUCAUCACCAGCGACAGGUGUGUGCUCACUGGUGUACCGAUUAGUGGCAUUCUGGGCAAUCAACACGCUUCACUGCUGGGUCAGAUGUGUGUGAAGCCAGGUCAAGCGAAAAAUACCUAUCGUUCUGGCUGCUUUCUGCUUUGUAAUAUUGGCGAACGACCAGUUAUUUCCGCGCAUGGUCUUAUCACCACCGUCGCCUAUAAGUUGGGUCCCAAUAAGCCGGCCACUUAUGCGCUAGAGGGCUCUGUGGCAGUGGGCGGACACGCGCUACGUUGGCUAGAGACACGCAUGCGUGUGUUAAAGGACUACAAAAAUGCAGAAAAGAGCGCCGAGGAGGUAGCAACGACGGGAGAUGUAUAUUUUGUACCGGCCUUUACCGGUCUCUAUGCACCCUAUUGGCGAAAGGAUGCACGUGGCUUGAUCAUUGGACUGACACAAUACUCAACAAAACAUCACAUAGUGCGCGCAGCACUGGAGGCGAUAUGUUUUCAAACACGCGACAUACUGGAGUGCAUGCAUCAGGAGAGCGGAUUUCAUUUGAAUAAAUUGCAUGCAGAUGGUUCGGUCAGCAUGAAUGAUUUACUUAUGCAACUGCAGGCUGAUACUGCUGGACUAACGGUUUUUCGUUCACAAUUGACGGACACGACGACAUUCGGUGCGGCAUUGUGCGCAGCGCAAGCGGAAGGUAUUGAUUUGUUUGACUUUCAUCCGGACGAAGUGGCUUAUGAUGUGGUGGACUAUGAUAUCUUCUUACCAACGAGCACCGAUGAUGAACGGCAUCAUCGCUAUAGCAAAUGGAAGCGUGCUGUGGAGCGUAGUAUGGGUUGGGUAAUUAAGAAAACCAGCCGCCAAAUAACCGAUGAAACAUACAACUUAUUGUCCUCGAUACCGGCGGCAUUGUUUAUAAUGAGUACCUUUGCCAUGAUCAUACACUCGACGACUGCGGGGAAAUAACGAUACAAAAAACGUAUAGUACAUACAUACUAAAAUAAGCUCAAAUGUAGAUAGAUUACAUAAUAGGACAUAUGUACAUAAUGUAUAUAAUGUAUAUACGUACGUAAUUUGUUAUAACUAUGAAGUUAAAAGUUUCACUUAAUUUGUUAAGAUGUUUCAGAAAGUCUUUGUUUCCCAAAAAAAAAAAAA